AUGGCCAGUGGGUUUGGGGAAUCAACAGAGAGGUCACCCCCAAGCCCUUCAUACUUCAACAACAAUAAUAACACUGAUGCUGGAAAUUUUGAAUGCAACAUUUGCCUUGAAUUAGCGCAGGACCCCAUAAUUACUUUGUGUGGUCAUCUUUUCUGCUGGCCUUGUCUUUAUAAAUGGCUUCACCUUCACUCACAGUCACGAGAAUGCCCGGUUUGCAAGGCCCUCGUGGAGGAGGAGAAGUUGGUUCCCUUGUAUGGGAGAGGAAAGACCUCCACUGAUCCGAGAUCAAAAUCUAUUCCAGGCAUUAAUAUCCCCCAUCGUCCAGCUGGUCAGAGGCCUGAAACUGCUCCUCCACCGGAAACAAAUCAUUUUCAUCAACAUGGGUUUGGAUUUAUGGGUGGGUUGGGAGGAUUUGCACCACCGCCAAUGGCAACGACAAGAUUUGGGAAUUUUGGAUUGUCUGCAGCUUUCGGUGGUUUUAUACCAUCCCUAUUCAACUUUCAGUUGCAUGGGUUUCAUGAUGGGGCCAUGUAUGGGGGAGCGUCUGGUUUUCCUCAUGGAUUUUCUAAUACAUUUCAUGGUGUCCAUGCUCAUGGAUAUCCUCUUCGCACUCAUCAAGGGCAACAAGAUUAUUAUUUGAAGAAGCUGCUUCUAGUUGUUCUUUUCUGUGUUCUUCUUGCUUUUAUUUGGCAAUAG